GCUCGGGUUACAGAGAGGAUGAGUGUGCAGGAGGAGCUGGACCGGCUGCUGUUCCUGGCGUCAGACCAGUCUUUGUCUCUGCUGCCUGAAUACCACCAGAGGAUCAAGGUGCUUCAGUCCCUCCAGUACGUCGACAGCAGCGGGGCAGUGCAGCUGAAAGGCCGCGUGGCUUGUCAGAUCAGCAGCCACGAGUUGCUGCUGACCGAGCUGCUGUUCGAGAACGUCCUGAGCCCGCUGGCGCCUGAAGAGAGCGCCGCCCUGCUGUCCUGUCUGAUCUUCACACAGAACACGCAGGUGGAGCCGCACAUUACCAACACGCUGCAGGAGGGAAUCGGUCGGGUGCUGUCAGUGGCCAAGCGUAUCGGAGAGCUGCAGAGGGAAUGUGGGAUACCACAGACGGCCGAGGAGUUUGUAGGCCAGUUCAAGUUUGGUCUGACAGAGGUGGUGUACUGCUGGGCCAGAGGCAUGCCGUUCGCAGAAAUCGCCCUGCUCACAGACGUCCAGGAGGGCACGGUGGUCCGCUGCAUCCAGCGCCUGGAUGAGGUGCUGAAGGAGGUGCGACAGGCCGCCCGCAUCGUGGGAGACUCUGUCCUGGGGAGCAAGAUGGAGAAGGCGUCGCUGGCCAUCCGCAGGGACAUCGUGUUCACCGCCUCGCUCUACACCCACUGAGAGGAGGGAGGGUGAGAGUGAGGACGCAUGUGUCUUAAUGUUGGAGGUGUGAGAAAGAUAGAGGUGGACGAGGGAGGUGAAGAGAUGGUGUGUCUUAUCAAGUGCUGUGUGUGCCUACAAAACAUGUGGAUGUUUACAUUUACAAUUUCUGACCAGGAAGAAAUGAAUGAUUUUAACUAACACGCCAAACGACACAAGGAAUGAAGACCUGGAUUGUAAUUUAUUGUACAGUAAUAAAAUCUGUCUUAAAAAAUGAA